AUGGGUCUCUGCACUUCGAAGCCUCAUCCUAGUCCGAAUUCUCCGAAUUCCGGCCGAAAUCCGGCGAGGAAUAGUCCUCUUCCGGCUUCCGAAUCCGUCAAGCCUCCUCCUUCGUCAAGCUCCUCCGUCAAUGGAGCAAACCCUAGCGAAAACGACGACCAGAGUGUAGCGGCGAGCAAUGAGGGGAAGAAAUCGCCGUUUUUCCCCUUUUACAGUCCGAGUCCAGCUCACUACUUCUUCUCCAAAAAAACUCCGGCGAGAUCUCCGGCGCCCAACACCCCCAGCGGAAACUCCACGCCGAAGCGGUUCUUCAAACGGCCGUUCCCUCCUCCGUCUCCGGCUAAACACAUCAGAGCUGUUUUAGCGAGACGGCACGGCUCCGUGAAGCCGAAUUCGGCGGCGAUCCCGGAAGGCAGCGAGGCGGAAGGAGGCGGAGUUGGUUUGGAUAAAAGCUUCGGGUUCUCGAAGAGCUUCUCGAGCAAGUACGAGCUCGGCGACGAAGUUGGCCGUGGGCAUUUUGGGUACACUUGUGCUGCUAAGUUUAAGAAAGGCGAUAACAAAGGACAACAAGUCGCUGUUAAAGUCAUCCCCAAAGCAAAGAUGACGACGGCUAUUGCAAUUGAAGAUGUGAGGAGGGAAGUGAAGAUAUUGAGAGCUUUGUCUGGUCAUGAUAAUCUUCCUCAUUUCUAUGAUGCAUAUGAGGAUCAUGAGAAUGUGUAUAUAGUGAUGGAGCUGUGUGAAGGAGGAGAGCUUCUGGAUAGAAUACUCUCAAGAGGUGGGAAGUACACAGAGGAAGAUGCAAAGACUGUUAUGAUACAGAUUUUGAAUGUGGUUGCGUUUUGUCAUCUUCAAGGUGUUGUUCACAGAGAUCUCAAACCCGAGAAUUUUCUUUUCACCUCAAAAGAAGACACCUCUCAGUUGAAAGCAAUAGAUUUCGGUUUGUCAGACUACGUGAGACCAGAUGAGAGGCUCAAUGACAUUGUUGGUAGUGCGUACUACGUAGCGCCUGAAGUGCUACAUAGAUCUUACAGCACAGAAGCUGAUAUUUGGAGUGUUGGUGUGAUUGUCUAUAUCUUAUUGUGUGGAAGCAGACCGUUUUGGGCUAGGACGGAAUCAGGAAUCUUCCGUGCAGUUCUAAAAGCAGAUCCGAGUUUCGACGACACUCCUUGGCCUUUGUUAUCUUCAGAGGCGAGAGAUUUUGUGAAGCGGUUGCUGAACAAAGACCCGCGUAGAAGAUUAACAGCUGCUCAAGCCUUAAGUCAUCCAUGGAUAAAGGACUCGAAUGACGCGAAGGUUCCAUUGGAUAUUCUUGUUUUCAAACUCAUGAGAGCUUAUUUACGAUCAUCUUCUCUUCGUAAAGCUGCUUUAAGGGCUUUGUCGAAGACACUUACGGUUGAUGAACUUUUCUAUCUGAGGGAGCAGUUUGCAUUACUAGAACCUAGCAAGAACGGAACCAUAAGUCUAGAGAACAUCAAAUCGGCUCUGAUGAAAAUGGCGACAGAUGCAAUGAAGGAUUCGCGUAUUCCUGAAUUCUUAUCACAACUGAGUGCUCUUCAAUAUAGAAGAAUGGACUUUGAAGAGUUUUGUGCAGCGGCACUGAGUGUACAUCAGCUAGAAGCUCUUGAUAGAUGGGAACAACACGCUCGUUGUGCUUAUGAGCUUUUCGAAAAAGAAGGAAACAGACCAAUCAUGAUCGAUGAACUCGCUUCGGAGCUUGGUCUUGGUCCAUCUGUACCGGUUCACGCAGUGCUUCAUGAUUGGCUAAGGCAUACCGAUGGGAAGCUUAGUUUUCUUGGUUUUGUGAAGUUGUUACAUGGUGUGUCUAGCCGCACGAUCAAAGCUCAUUAG